AGUUCGUGGUGAAUAUUCGGAAUCUGUAUACGUGGGUUUCUGUUUUUCCCGAAAAAAAGGCAAAUUCACUGUUUAUGUAGUGGAAAAUAUUUGUUUAAAUUUCAAAAUUAAAGUUUUAUUUAAGACAAUUAUAUAUACAUUAUAAACCUUAGAAGUUAUUUGUUUUCUAAUUAGUUAGUUUUUAAACAGACUAUGUUCCCAAUUAAAAAAGAAAAUGUUGACCAUCUGCAAUCACAUAACAUUAGAAUCUCUGAACUGAAUUCGUCUUCUGAUGAUAUGUCAGAUUCUCGCAAGGUGAUACAUUUACAAAAAGUAAGGAUGCUCAGCCGCGGGUCACGUUCGUCAUCUAUCAGGAUCACCAAUGUCAAGUCCAUCAAGCCACCAGAUCCGGAACUAGUGAAGAAACAGGAGGAAGAGAAACUCAGAGCUCAGUUGCAGAAGGAAAUUGUUUCACGUUCGCGUACGUGCGCUCACAGGGCGUACGAAUGCACUCUACCAGUGGUGGGAGGGAGAGUGUACUGCGCUCGACACAUUUUGAACGACUCCACCGCGCCUUACAAGCAAUGCGCUCACGUUGCACCAUCAGGAUCAAGAUGCAACUUGCCUGCACCGAUAGACAGGGAUCCAGGGCUCUGCUUCGAGCACGCGCGCGCCGCGCUGCACGCGCGCCACCGCAGCGCCGCGCCGCCGCCGCCCGUCGCCACGCCCGAGGCGCUGCUGCUGCAGCUGCAGCACUACGUGCGUCCCGAGCGCACACGCACGACGUCUUGUGCUUCAUCGGUGUCAGUGGUUAGUGAUCCGGCUGACCAGGACCAGGUGCCCACGCAUGCUGUGGACCCAUUCAAGGAGAUCGAUGCGACAGCGGUGAAUGCGAGCGUGUCUGCGUCAAUAAUGGAAUACGCGAGUGCCAGCGACAGCGACUGUGACAGCGUGACCCUCGGGCCCGGCGGCGACUGUCGCCACCGCGACAACUCCGACAACGAGGAGGCGCCGUGCGAGACGCAGCCGUUGUGGAAGGCAGGUGUGUUCACGGCUGAGGAAGCAGUUAGUGAGGCCAAGAAUGUGCUUCGAUCGUUACAGUCAGCAUACAUAAAACAGAUGGGCAGGUUAAGGACGUUGCUGCAAACAGCAAGAUUGCAGUAUGUUAAGUCGUUAAGAUCUGAAAAGGAGCAAUAUUGCUCAAUUAACUCCCAAGCCCGGAGCGGUCCACUCACAGUUCGGGAGCGAAGACAGCUACGUAAGCUUAAAGCUUACGCCGGCUACCACAGGAAGCAUGGUGUGGAUGCUGUACUGGCUAGGAAGUUGCAUCAUAAACGGGCUAGGGCUAACGAUAUAUUAAACAGGCACAUUCCAUCGCAAGGCCGUUGCACUUUCGUCGAGGGAGGGGUUCGAUGCUCGACGCAUGCACUCCCCGCGGCCAAGCACUGCCUCAAACACGUGCUGCAUGACAGGCAACAGGUGCUGUUCGCGGCGUGCGGGGACGUCCGCGGCGGCGCGGCGUGCGGCGAGGCGCUGGCGGCGCUGCCGCUGCCGUCGGCGCGCUGCCGCUACCACGCCGCGCCGCCCGUCUACGCCGCCUUCACGCUCAAGAAAGAUGGAUCGGACAGCGAGUCAGAGUCACAUUCGAGCUCGGAUCUCUCUCGCACAGAGGUCCAUUCACCGGAGGACAAACCGAUCAUCAAUGAGAUUGAACCGCUGUCGGAGAUGCAGUAUGACUGACAUUUGGACUUCAGUCACGGCGUAUAUGACGAUUAUUGGCCUGACUAGUAGGAAAACAAAUUUGAAAUCCGCACUGUAAAGAUAGUCAGAAUUUCAAGAUUAGAAGAAAAUGGAUGGCAUUGCAACUGAUAAUGAAACAGUGACCUUGAUGAUCUCUCCUUAUUGAGAAGGAGUACAAGGACUGUAAUGUUAAAGAAAGUUAGAACUGUGUUCAAGUGCAAAGACAUAAAUUUAUGUCAUACAGAAUAGAAAAAUAAUAAAUAUCAACGAGGUGCUGUACUGUUUUCAUUUCUUAAUGCUGUCUAUGUAUAAGCACUUGAUGAGAACAUUGGCGCUUCCACAUAUAAUAUUGCUU